AUGGCCCAAAUGCACUCGCCGGUGUCGGAUGGCCUAGAAGCACUCGCCGGCGCCGGAUGGCCCAGAUGUACUCGCCGAUGUCGGAUAGCCCAGAAGCACUCGCUGAUGCUAGAUGGCCCAAGAACACUCACCGAUGCAUUAGUCAAUGCCAAAGAUGACCCAAAUAUAUUAGUCAAUGUCAGAUGUGGCCCAGAUGCAUUAGUCAAUGCCAAAGAUGACCUAGAUGUAUUAGUCAAUUCUAGAGAUGGUCCAGAUGCAUUAGUCAAUAGCAGAGAUGACCUAGAUACAUUUGUCAAUGCCAGAGAUGGCCCAGAUGCAUUAGUCAAUGCCAAAGAUGGCCCAGAUAUAUUAGUCAAUGCCAAAGAUGGCCCACAUGCAUUAGUCAAUGCCAAAGAUGACCCAAAUACAUUAGUUAGUGUCAAAUGUGGCCCAGAUGCAUUAGUCAAUGCCAAAGAUGACCCAGAUGGAUUAGUCAAUGCCAGAGAUGAUUCAUUAGUCAAUGCCAGAGGUAGCCCGGAUGCAUUAGUCAAUGCUAGUGGUGGUCUAGAUGAUCUACCGCCUCUCUCUUCUAGGUUUAGAGUUGUCUCCAAGACAACUUAA